AUUUAAACAAACUCUUCUCCCUCACAUAAAGAAAGAAUAAUACAAAAGCCAAUCAUAUAUGGCUCUUCAAUGGAUUCUCUAUAAUAUCUGAGCAUUUAAAGCCUAACCAUUAUUAUUAAAAAUCAUCCCUUGUCGUCGUCAGAAGAAAGAAAAGAAAACGAGAAAGUGAAAAAAAAAUAAAUUAGAUUUUAAAAGUAAAGAUAGAAAAGAAGUUGUACAAAUAUAGCUAGUAAUGAAAAUGGAAACUUUCAAAUAUAGGUUGAGUUUCUUUGUAAUUUUAGUCUCUCUAGUUUUUAGCAUUGAGGCAAACAUUGGAGAGUUUGAUGAGGUGUGGAAGACUCGAGCCACUCAAGCAAAGAAAACUGCUAAAGAUUCCUAUAAUCCUCAUCCUGAAAAAGUCGCAGACCAUCUCAACAAACACGUGCACAAGUCAGAAGAAGGUAGCAAUAGCACAAGAAGGGACUUGCACAAGUACGAUGGUCCAUGCAUGGCUACUAACCCUAUUGAUCGUUGCUGGAGAUGUGACCCAAACUGGGCCAAAAACCGCCAGAAGCUAGCUGAUUGUGUUCUUGGAUUUGGCCACCAUACAACUGGUGGCAAAGGUGGAAAAAUCUACAUAGUAACUGACCCUGGGGACGAUGAUAUGGUGAAUCCUAAGCCAGGGACACUGCGCCAUGCAGUCAUUCAACCAGAACCAUUAUGGAUUAUAUUUGCACAUCACAUGGUCAUUAAGCUAAACCAGGAGCUUAUCAUGACAAGCAACAAGACAAUUGAUGCCAGAGGGCAGCAAGUGCAUAUUUCCUUUGGCGCUAGUUUGAUGCUACAGUUCAUAAACAAUGUGAUUAUUCAUGGUCUACAUAUUCAUGAUAUUAAGGCUGGAAAUGGCGGCCUAAUUAGAGACUCGGUCAGUCACUAUGGUUAUCGAUCAAGAAGUGAUGGUGAUGGUAUUUCAAUCUUUGGAUCAACAAACAUUUGGAUUGAUCAUGUUUCCAUGUCUAAUUGUGAUGAUGGACUCAUUGAUGCUGUGCAGGCUUCAACUGCUAUUACCAUUUCCAACUGCCAUUUCACCAACCAUAAUGACGUUAUGUUGUUUGGAGCAAGUGAUAGCUACUCAGAGGACAAAAUUUUACAAAUAACACUUGCUUUUAAUCACUUUGGACAAGGGCUGAUCCAGAGGAUGCCAAGAGCGAGAUGGGGAUUUGUUCAUGCAGUAAACAAUGACUACACUCACUGGCUAAUGUACGCCAUUGGUGGAAGCCAACAACCUACCAUCCUCAGCCAGGGCAAUCGUUUCAUCGCCCCGCCUAACCCUAAUGCCAAAGAGGUGACAAAAAGGGAUUAUGCACCUGAAAGCGUGUGGAAGAAUUGGGUGUGGAGAUCGCAGGGAGAUCUGAUGAUGAACGGAGCUUUCUUCGUGGAAUCUGGAGAUCCCAAUCAUAAAUUCAUGACGGGUCCUGAUAUGAUCCACCCUCGGCCAGGAUCAGAUGUGAGCAGGCUAACAAGAUUUUCAGGCUCUUUGAACUGCAUUGAGGGGAAGCCUUGUUAGAGCUUGUCUGCACCAAGUUACUAAUAGAAAUAAGACCUGAAACUAUAGAAGUCAGGUUGCUCCCUUUCUCCUCACAUGCAAAGCUUGUAAGUAGAAGGGGAGAAUGAGUGUGAGCUAAGAUGGAAAAGCUUUUAGGUUUUUGAUGCUCUGUGCUUCUAUCAAUGUAGAAGUGAUAAAUUUAAUAAAACUGUAAUUCGAAUUGAUAUAGCUAUUUUUCAUGAUAGUUGGACAUUCACACAUUAGGAUGCUGGUGCCACUGAAACAACAAGGCGUUCUUGUAAAAGAUAGAAAUUACUCGAAUUCUGCAAUACAAACGUGAACUAAGUUGCUCGAACUAGGGUGCGGGUGUCCGAUACCGGUGAGGAUCUAGAGGUCGGAUCCUUCAUGAUCUAAAUUUAAAGAUUCGGGGAUACGUAUCCAGUCAUGGAUACGGGUGUGGGGAUUCGGCUAAAACAAAUUCAAAUAUCUAAAAAUAGAGUUAUAAAACCUAAAUUAUGAGAUAUUAUGUGGAAAACUUAUGGAAAAAAUAUUGAUCAAGGGGAGAAUCCAGGAAGGAGAUAAAAGGAAAAGGAGUGACAUAGAAAUUUCUAGAUACAAGGUAUCCAUUUUCUUCAAUUUCACCUUAGCUUUUGUUUUGAUUAAAGAAAUCAUUGAAUCUGUUCCCAUUUCUCUGUCGAUUUUGGUCAAAGUAUCCAAAAUCGGUUGACCAGGUCGGGUACGGAUCCCACACCUACACCCACACCCAUGUCUUGUCGACACUGGUGCGGCACCGAAAGUGAAGAGUCCGAGUAACAUAGAACGUGAAGGCUUUCUGUGUUCAGCUGCCAAUAUCCGUUUUCUGGAAUCAG